GAGAAGCGAGGCCGGAGAGGCAGGGCGGGUGCUGAGGCUGCUUAAUAAAAGAAGAACAUAGCUCAGCUGCUGUUUCAACAGGAUGGGUUCUAUCGUGUGGGAAUGUGGUUAAUCAACUUGACACAUUAACCUAAUACAGCCUACAUAAUGUGAAAAGAAAAGACAAGAUGUCCCAUCUGUCUCAAGUCUUCUGUCAGACUGAGUGCAUAAGACUGUAUCAGCACAAAUAGUAUUUCAGUUUUUGAAGAAUCUUAACAAACAAGCAGCAAAAAUACUGGCAUUAAAGCCAAACCUUCAGUACAUGUAUAUCUGAAAGUGUACAUUGAAUAAUCUGACAGGCCUCCGUGACUGGCUCCCAUUCAUAUGUGGAAGGAUGGCUACUUGCUUGAUGUUCUGCUGUCUUUUGUUCUUGGAAGUUUUGGUGGGGCAUACAAGUGGACACAGUUUAUUUUCUUGUGAGCCCAUCAUCUUGAGGAUGUGCCAAGACCUGCCUUACAAUACCACCUUUAUGCCUAAUCUUCUGAAUCAUUAUGACCAGCAAACUGCAGCAUUAGCAAUGGAGCCGUUUCAUCCUAUGGUUAAUCUGGAAUGCUCCAGGGAUUUUCGACCAUUUCUAUGUGCCCUAUAUGCUCCAGUCUGUAUGGAGUAUGGACGUGUCACUCUCCCAUGUCGCAGGCUUUGUCAACGUGCAUACAGCGAAUGUUCCAAACUCAUGGAGAUGUUUGGCGUCUCUUGGCCAGAGGAUAUGGAAUGCAGCAGAUUCCCGGACUGUGAUGAGCCUUACCCUCGUCUCGUAGACCUCAAUUUAGCUGGAGAGCCCACAGAAGAGGCCCCAAUGGCAGUGCAGAGGGACUAUGGCUUUUGGUGUCCCCGGGAGUUGAAAAUAGACCCUGAUCUGGGUUAUUCUUUCCUGAGGGUACGAGACUGUUCCCCUCCUUGUCCAAAUAUGUACUUUAGGCGUGAAGAGCUCUCCUUUGCCCGAUAUUUCAUCGGAGUGAUUUCCAUCGUCUGCCUUUCUGCUACCUUGUUUACUUUUUUAACUUUUCUGAUUGAUGUCACAAGAUUCCGCUAUCCAGAAAGACCCAUUAUAUUUUAUGCUGUCUGUUACAUGAUGGUGUCAUUAAUUUUCUUCAUUGGCUUUUUGCUUGAGGACCGAGUAGCGUGCAAUGCAUCUAGCCCUGCACAGUACAAGGCUUCCACAGUGACACAGGGCUCGCAUAACAAAGCUUGCACCAUGCUUUUCAUGGUGCUGUAUUUCUUUACCAUGGCUGGCAGUGUUUGGUGGGUCAUUCUUACCAUCACAUGGUUCUUGGCAGCUGUGCCAAAGUGGGGCAGUGAAGCAAUUGAGAAGAAAGCAUUGCUCUUCCAUGCCAGUGCAUGGGGCAUUCCAGGAACUCUAACCAUCAUCCUUUUAGCAAUGAAUAAAAUUGAAGGUGACAAUAUUAGUGGCGUGUGUUUUGUUGGCCUCUAUGAUGUGGAUGCAUUACGAUAUUUUGUUCUUGCCCCCCUCUGCCUGUAUGUUGUGGUUGGAGUUUCUCUGCUGCUAGCUGGCAUUAUCUCCCUCAAUCGGGUUCGCAUUGAAAUCCCAUUAGAAAAAGAGAACCAGGACAAGCUGGUGAAGUUCAUGAUCCGGAUUGGCGUGUUCAGUGUUCUGUACCUCGUUCCACUCUUGGUUGUAAUUGGCUGCUAUUUCUAUGAGCAGGCUUUCCGAGGUGUGUGGGAGACAACAUGGAUACAAGAACGCUGCAGAGAAUAUCACAUCCCAUGCCCAUAUCAGAUCUCUCAGAUGAGCCGCCCAGACCUGAUUCUCUUUCUGAUGAAGUAUCUUAUGGCUCUAGUAGUUGGGAUCCCUUCUGUCUUUUGGGUUGGAAGUAAAAAGACCUGCUUUGAAUGGGCCAGCUUUUUUCAUGGACGCAGGAAAAAAGAAGCUGUAAAUGAGAACCGCCAGGUGCUGCAGGAACCCGAUUUUGCUCAGUCACUUCUGAGGGAUCCUAAUACCCCCAUUAUCCGAAAGUCCAGGGGCACUUCCACUCAGGGGACUUCCACUCAUGCCUCAUCUACUCAUCUGGCUAUGAUGGAUGACCAGAGGAGCAAAGCAGGCAGUGUCCACAGCAAAGUAAGCAGCUACCAUGGCAGCCUGCAUAGGUCCCGUGAUGGCAGGUACACCCCCUGCAGCUACAGAGGCAUAGAAGACAGACUACCUCAUGGCAGCAUGUCACGACUGACUGAUCACUCCAGGCAUAGCAGUUCACAUCGGCUCAAUGAACAGUCACGUCACAGCAGCAUCAGGGAUCUCAGCAACAACCCAAUGACCCACAUCACACAUGGUACCAGCAUGAACCGGGUUAUUGAAGAGGAUGGAACCAGUGCUUGA